GAAUCAUACAAACAAAGCAGAAAUAGAGUUUGAGAGGUAUAUCAUUGAGUUAUUAGAUAACAAACGAUGAUAAGUUUGAGAGGUAUAUCAUUGAGUCAUACAUCUGUUCAUCUGUUUGUUUAUCAGUUACCAAUUGAAGCCUUUGAGCUGUGACACUCGGAGCUAUCCAGAAACCGCACCGUUUCAGCGAUAAGCAAUAUGUUCCUGUAACGGCCUUUGAUCAGGAGAGCGGCAAUGGAAUACUUACACCCCCCUGUGUACUCCCGUGUGUACUGCGUGCAGCAUGUGAUUAAUGCAAUCCAUGACCUUACAGGCUUGAACUGGUCGAUGUCCGUUGUUCUUACGGCUUUACUGGCGAGUGGACUCAUGUAUCCAGUUUCUGUGCACAUUCAGAGACAAGUUUGGCUGUUAAAAAAUUUGCGUAUGCGCAUUCAAAAGGUGAGGAGAGUGAUAGAGACAUAUGAUGGUCCAAUAGAUCUGGCUGAUUUAGAAAACAAAAUAUUGGAAACAGAGCUGAGAAUAAAAUUUGGACUAUGUGGCUUGUCUUAUGUGCUACUAUGCUAUCUUUAUCUAUCCAUCCCCAUGUUCUGCAUCACUGGGAUUAGUUACGUGGCUAAAAUAACUCCGGAGCUUGAAAGCGGUGGAAUCUUAUGGUUCACUGAUCUUUCAACUAUGGACAACUACUUCUACGUUUUACCUCUAGUGACAGCCUUAACUUUCUGGUUCACAUCUAAGGUCCCCACCACAAUUUUAUCAAGAAUGAAGGAACUGCCUUUGUAUUGUAUUUUCUUCAUCGUGGCCCAAACUGCAUUAAAAUUCAAACCGGCAGUGUACUUUUUGUUGAUCGCAUAUAAAAUAUCUCUAUACACAUUACACCUGAUGUGUAGAUCCAAGCAGAUAGCAAAGUUAAGCAAGUCAAUGGGGAUGCCAAUGCCAUAUGUUCCUGUAACGGCCUUUGAUCAGGAGAGGAUAAUGGCGGGCAUGAUAACUAUUAUGGGCGUGUUUAUUGACGAGUUUACGAAGAAAGACAAGAAGUGAAUCUUCUUUUGUUCUCACACGGUCUCUCUGCCUUAGUCUUCAAAUAAAAAGGCUACUUGAAUACUCUGUAUUCGUGUACAACUUAUGGUACCCGUUUUUAGUUUCUGAAACUAUCUCUUAGUGAAGACUAUACUUUAAAACAGCAAUCUAUCUUAGUUUCCAUGCAUGGUUCUUGUCUAUGCCAACACAAUGUAUUUGUGACUUGUUUUGCAAUUUUCUUUAUAAAAAUG